CUUUCACCAACAUCAAACACAAACAAAUUAAGCCCUUUUAAAAUUCAACAUCAAGAACUUAAUUUUUUUCCAAAAAAGAUUGAAUUCUGAUGACAGGAUCAGGUUCUCCGUGUGGUGCCUGCAAGUUCUUGAGAAGAAAAUGUAUAAAGGGUUGUGUGUUUGCACCUUAUUUUUGCCAUGAACAAGGUGCUACACAUUUUGCAGCCAUUCAUAGGGUUUUUGGUGCAAGUAAUGUGUCUAAGCUUCUUGCUCAUCUGCCUGUUGGUGAUCGUUCAGAAGCUGCGGUUACUAUUGCUUAUGAAGCUCAAGCUCGGAUUCAAGAUCCCAUUUAUGGCUGUGUUUCCCAUAUUUUCGCACUACAACAACAGGUGGUUAGUUUACAAUCACAGUUGACUUCUUUAAGGGAACAAGCCUCUCAAAGAUCACUUAAUGUGCCCAUGUAUUCAGAUAACAAUAACCCCACCAAUGGAACACACCCUUCUUACCAACAAACGCAAGACAUGAAGAAUUGGUUUCAACAAUCAGGAAAUUCAUGCAUGAACAUGCCUCAGUUCGAUCCAAGAUCCAUGAACGAUGUCAUGGACUUCAAGUCCAUGGCGGAGAACUAUGAGAAUUCGCUUCUGAAAGAGGAAGAAGGUUCAUUUUCGAGCUUUGAAGAAGGUUCAAGUUACUCCAUUGAUUCUUUGGACAUGCAAAUAAGCAGCAACCAGCAGCAAUGGGGUUUUAGAGAUCAUGGUGAUCAAGACCUUCAAUCGGUUGCUUUCGGUUAUAAUUAUAAUUAGUUUCACAAGGGAAUUCUAGACUAUCUUCCGCGCGGAUCAAAACCUGUCCACAAAAAUCAGUUAGAUAUAUAAAUAUAUUUGAAUGAGUGAAUUCAUCAAGAUUGCCGAUUUUGUAUCGCUAUGCUCAUCAAUCUCAGAGACAUUCCAUUUUGUUGCCACAAACGUUUUUCAUCCAUAUAUUGAUUGUUGGAACGUUUCGUGACGCUGUAGUUCAUAGUUUUUGAAAUCCCACCAAUUUAACCAUCGAACAUUGUUUUUCCUAGAUUUCAGGCAACAAGAUUAUUAUUCAGUAGCUAGGGUUCAGAGGAAUUUAUGAUGUUAAGAUAACUAGUUUUUCGAUUAGUCACAACAAUCAUCUCCUCCUGAAGUUCUUACAUUUUGGGCAGGGGAAUGAUAGAAACACGUUUAGGUUUAAGCUUGAUUAUGGUAUCAUGGAAGGGCC